AGAAAAGACAAAGAGAAAGACAAAUCUCAACCGAAAAAACGGACACAAACCAUAAUGUGAGCCUCUAAAAUAGUCUUCUUUCCAAAUUAGGCAUUUUCCCAAUUCCCUCUUCUCUCUUUCAGAAAUGCAAAUCUUCACAUUUCCCCCAUGGCUCCGGCACCCAGACCUCCCUCCCACCUCCUCCCCUCCGUCGUCGCCAUCUGCUUCCUCUCCCUCACUUUCCUCCUUUGUUACAAGGUAGAUGAUUUCGCUGCUCAAACCAAAACUGUUGCUGGUCACAACUUGGAUCCAACUCCAUGGCAUUUGUUCCCUCCCAAGACAUUCAGUGAUGAGACUCGCCAUGCCAGAGCUGUUAAGAUCAUCCACUGUUCUUACCUCACCUGUCGCUAUGCCACCAACAAUGCCACUAAAUUCCCUUUCCAUUCCGCUGUAUCAGCUCCCAAAUGUCCUGAAUUCUUCCGGUGGAUUCAUCACGAUCUGGAUCCUUGGGCUCGUACUCGAAUCUCGAUGACCCAGUUGGAAGAAUCUCAGAAAUUUGCGGCGUUUCGUGUAGUGAUCGUGGAAGGUAGGCUUUAUGUUGAUAUGUACUAUGCUUGUGUGCAGAGCAGGGCGAUUUUCACGAUCUGGGGUUUGGUUCAAAUGCUUAGAAGGUACCCUGGAAUGGUGCCGGAUGUGGAUAUGAUGUUUGAUUGUAUGGAUAAACCGAGUAUCAAUCGGACUGAGAAUAAGGCCAUGCCGCUGCCUCUGUUUCGGUAUUGCACGACGGAGGCUCACUUCGACAUUCCUUUUCCUGAUUGGUCUUUCUGGGGAUGGCCAGAAGUGAACUUAAGAUCAUGGAGGGAAGAGUUUGAAGAUAUAAAGAAAGGGUCGAAAAAUUUAAGUUGGUUCAACAAAUUUCCUCGAGCUUAUUGGAAGGGAAAUCCAGAUGUUGAUUCACCUGCUCGUGAAGAGUUGCUGAAAUGCAAUCACUCAAGAAUGUGGGGAGCUCAGAUCAUGCGUCAGGACUGGGCACAAGAAGCAAAAGAUGGUUAUGAGCAGUCUAAGCUAUCCAACCAAUGCAACCACCGGUAUAAAAUCUAUGCCGAAGGGUUUGCUUGGUCUGUGAGCUUGAAGUACAUUCUUUCAUGUGGUUCAAUGUCUUUGAUUAUUUCACCUCAAUAUGAAGAUUUCUUCAGCCGUGGUCUUGAUCCUUUGAAGAACUAUUGGCCCAUCCCCUUCACUAACAUGUGUGAGUCUAUUAAGCAUGCUGUUGACUGGGGAAAUACUCAUUUCCCUGAGGCCGAGACUAUAGGACGGCAGGGACAGAAAUUCAUGGAGAACUUGAGCAUGGAUACAGUCUAUUCUUACAUGUUUCACCUCAUCACAGAAUACUCAAAGCUUCAGGACUUCAAGCCAACCCCGCCGCCAUCGGCUUUAGAAGUAUGUACUGAUUCCUUGCUUUGCAUUGCGGACGAGAAGCAGAUGCAGUUCCUUGAGAAGUCAGCUGCCUCGGUUUCGUCAGUCCCUCCGUGCUCACUCAACCGUGGUGGUAGUGAUAUCAUUUAUAGUUGGCUGCAGCAAAAGUAGAGGAGGAAGGCGAUGUAGGAGGAAGAAAUGGCUGCACAAAGAGCCUCAAAGUAGAAGUUAUGUAUGUUUUUUUUUGUUCCACUUUAGAUUAUCGAGGAGAGUAGUGUUUAUGCUAUAGUGAUUUAAUUAAAGUAAUUUUACGCAAAAAAAAUAUGUCUAAUACUUUGUGUGAAUCUGACCAAAGUUCUACAUUGGUUAGAUAAAAAGAUGAGCUUAGAUAUACAAGUGAGAACAUCUAUCUCUUUUGGGAUGAUACUAAAAACAAAGUCAUGAGAGUGUAUACCGAAAGUGAACAAUAUCAUACUAUUGUAGAGACUCUGAUCAGUCUAUCGAAUGAGCAAAGAGCUUGGGAUAA